AUGGCGCAUGAAAAUACUUCAUCCGGAAGAUUUGCAGACUCUGCGAGUUCUCGUCUUAUCGCAGACACAGAUUCUGAAGAGGCAGUGGCAGUACACUCUGACUCCGAUGGAUCUGCCGUGCUGGAUGAUAAAAGCACUAUUUCUUCAAUGAGCAUCGAUGCAACUGAUCAUGCAAAUCAAAACAUUGCACAAAACAGCAGCCAUCCCAGCGGCAAAGAGAACACCGGAAACCAAAAGAAGAAAGUAAGAGAUGCCAAGCCCGUGGAUAUCUCAAGUCUUGCUUCCAUAGGAGACCCGUCUGCCUCUGGCCUAUUUAGAAGUGUCAUUAGCUACAUAGGGGCAUAUGAAGGAGAGAUGCUUAUUGCAGGAGGCAAUCCUCUCUUCAAGAUAGCUCUGUGCUUGUUUGCGUGCUAUCUCGCCUGGUUCUUUCUCUGCGAGUUCUUCUAUGUUUUUUCUUAUCUCUUCUCAUGGAGCAUGAAUAUAAUUGUCAAAGGCAUUGUAUUCUUUGUUACACUUGAUGUAAUUCUAAAGAUAUUCAGCGGAAACAUGCCAUAG